UCUGCUAACGAACUAAUUCUCGUUCUCUCUCGUCUGACGGACAUGUUGCCAUUGACAGCAACUUUAUAAUCCAAGUUUUGUUGUUUCUUUUCUGAACAGUCCUCGUUCUAAUUCUUAAAUCACAGCAAAUAUGGGUAACAAACAAACCGCUCUGAAUCAUGAUGAUCUGGAAGCUUAUCAGGAACUAACAUUUUUCACACGACAAGAUAUUUUAAAUGUGUAUGACUGUUAUAAGAUGCUUGCUGAAGGUAGAGAUGUAGACAGAAAUACCAGACUUGAUCAAGAAGUAAUAUGUCGGCUGCCAGAGUUAAAGGUGAAUCCAUUUAAAGACAGAAUUUGUAAAGUUUUCUCUUCUGCUGAUGAUGGCUCAAUGACAUUUGAAGACUUUUUAGAUAUGAUGUCAGUCUUUAGUGACAAUGCUCCAAAGAAUGUCAAAGUUAAUUAUGCUUUCAAAAUUUAUGAUUUCAGUAAUAAUAACAUGAUAACAAGUCAAGACUUAAAGGAAGUUAUUCAGCGUAUAACAAUGCCUGAUGAAUCAAGUGAUAAACUAGAAGAUGAGGACUUACAGUUGCUUAUAGAUAAUAUUAUGGAAGAAGCCGACUUAGAUAAUGAUGACUGUUUGUCCUUCCAAGAAUUUGAACAUGUCCUCUCAAAAUCACCAGAUUUUGCAUCAUCAUUCUGUAUCCAUUUGUGAUUUUCUUCAUUUGUCAAUGAAGUUCUUCUUUGACUGGAACACAUGAAUAUUUUUCACUUAAAUAAUACCAAUAGUUUUUUAAUAAUAGCUAAAAUAUAUAUACUGUUGAUUGAAAAUUGACUAAUAAGGCAAACCUGCUAUUCUCCAUAGUCUAACCUAAAACAGAUAGCCCAUAUGCUUUUUGUUUUCUUUAACUGAAUUAUUUUUCUAUAUUUAAAUAUAAAACAGAUAUUGGUAGAAGGAAAAAAUUUACAUAUCCAUAUGCAUACACACACUCAUACACACUUUGAUAUAUAUAUAUAUAACCUUACAUUUUACCAAUCAGUUAUUAUUUUAAUUUAUGUAAAGGCUUUUGUUUUAUUUUGUUUGUUGAAAAAUAAUGAAAUCAGUAUUAUCUUCAUGCUUGAUAUUUCACCCCAUAUUGUUUAUGUUCUUGAUCUUUGGCCUUCACAUGAAACCACAGUUGUUUCAGAGUCUGUUGUUUUGUGAUUUGUCCAAUGAGGUCAGUUUGUUCAUGGAACCUUUUACAAAUAGUGCAUUGAAAUUUUUUUUCUCUACUUUUGGUUAUGACUUAAUUUAUUUUUUUCUUCCUUUUUCUUUCUCUCUCUCUCUCUCUCUUUUUUUUUUUUGACUUAUAUUGUAUAUUUCUUUACUUGGUCAAUAAUUUGUACAAAGAGAAAAGAAAAUUGCAAGGAUUCUUAACUGGUAUUGUUGUGAACCUCAAAUAUGUUAGUGUGACUAUUCAAUGUCCUCAUUUAACAUUCAUUCCUCACAAUAAACUAAGUAGUAUGUGGAAGAGUAUUUAAUUAAAAUACAUGUCUCAAAACAGAUUUACAAAUUAGUAGCAGGAAAAUUUUUUUAAAUAAAUUUUUUAUAUUGUAUGAAACCAAAAUAUUCGAAAAUAUUUUGUGAAUACCACCAAAAGUUCAACAAAUUUGUGAAACAUUUUAAAGAAGUUUCUCUACAGUUUUUGAAGAUCUGUUCUCUAUAAGAUCAUUGCUGAUGGAAGUACAUUUAUUUUCCUCUUAAUGUGCUGUAUAUUACAUUUCAAAAUUUAAAAUCUGACAAUUUUGUUGGAUUUUUAAGGCUUACACAUUCAUGUAACAUUACUCACUUUUUGAGCUUGAAGUAUUACUCCCACCAUGGAGACGCAAUGACCCAGUGGUUAGGGCAGUGGACUCGUGGUCAUAGAAUUGUGAUUUUGAUUCCCAGACUGGUUUUGUGAGUGUUUACUAAGUGAAAAUACCUAAAGCUCCAUGAGGCUCUGGUAGAGG